ACAGAUUCAGCUGCAGAAAACACAGACAGAGCUGCAGCAGAUGAUCCAGGAACGACUGAAGAAGAUCCAGAAGAUUAAUCACUCAGUAGAGCUCAGCAAAAGAAACAUGGAGAAAGAGAAAUCAGACAGUGUUGAAGUUUUCACCGCUCUGAUUCGCUCCAUUGAGAGGAGUCAGGCUGAGCUGCUGGAGGUGAUGGAGGAGAAGCAGAAAGCAGCAGAGAAGCAGGCUAAAGUACUCAUUAAAGAGCUGGAACAGGAAAUCGAGGAUCUAAAGAGGAGAGACACUGAGCUGGAGCAGUUCUCACACACUGAAGAUCAUCUCCACUUCCUAAAGAUUUACCCAUCACUGUGCAUAGCUCCACACACCAAGAACUGGUCUGAGAUCAGCAUCAACACUGACCUGAGUGUGGACGUUCUGAGGACGGCUCUGUCUCGGCUUCAGGAGACUCUGAAUGAGAAGUUGAGAGAAACAGUCUCCACAGAACUGAAGAGGAUUCAGCAGUAUGCAGUGGAUGUGACUCUGGACCCUGAUACAGCUUCUCCAUAUCUUGUCCUCAAUGAUGAAGGAAAACAAGUCAUGUGUGGAGACACAAAGCAGAAACUCCCAGACACCCCGAAAAGAUUCACAUAUUACAUCAUGGUAGUGGGAAAGCAGGGUUUCUCCUCGGGGAGGUUUUACUAUGAGGUGCAGGUCAGAGGGAAGACUGAGUGGGAUUUAGGAGUGGUCAGAGAGUCUGUUAACAGGAAGGGGAAAAUUGAUUCAUGUCAACCUCAGACUGGAUUCUGGGCCGUGGUUCUGAGGAACAGGAACGAGUAUAAGGCUUGGGAUGAUCCCUGGGUCUCCCUCUGCCUGAGAGAAAAGCCCCAGAAAAUAGGAGUGUUUGUGGAUUAUGAGGAGGGUCUGGUCUCCUUUUAUGAUGUUGAGGCCAGGUCUCAUAUCUACUCUUUCACUGGUCAGACCUUCACUGAGAAACUCUAUCCACUCUUCAGUCCUUGUGUGAAUGAUCGGGCAUCAAGGCAGGAUACACCCUGGACGGAGUGCCAACCCAUCGCAGGGCACACACACACUCUCAUUCACUCACACAAUCACACACUACGGACAAUUUUCCAGAGAUGCCAAUCAACCUACCAUGCAUGUCUUUGGACCGGGGGAGGAAACCGGAGUACCCGGAGGAAACCCCCGAGGCACGGGGAGAACAUGCAAACUCCACACACACAAGGCGGAGGCGGGAAUCAAACCCCCAACCCUGGAGGUGUGAGGCAA